CUUCCGGUAGCUCGUGUCAACAGCAAGUGGAAUUUACGCAAGUUUAUUUAUUGUCAAACCGAGAAAUCCCUGGGUUUUCUUAACAUGAUUUUGUGGAUCAGGAACAAGGAACAUGUAUUAUAGAUGAUUGGAGGCAGUUCUCAUUUCUUAAACUGUUUUUAGUGACAUUGUAGUAUACAACAGACUGCUCAAAAUGGGUAUUUUGUUCUCGAAGCUGUGGAGUUUGUUCACAAAUGAAGAACAUAAGGUGAUAAUAGUUGGCUUGGACAAUGCAGGGAAGACCACGAUUUUGUAUCAGUUUUUGAUGAACGAGGUCGUCCACACAUCGCCCACUAUCGGCAGCAACGUGGAGGAGGUAGUGUGGAAGAACAUCCACUUCCUCAUGUGGGACAUUGGCGGACAGGAGACGCUGCGGUCGGCUUGGAACACGUACUACACCAACACAGAGUUUAUUAUCAUCGUGAUUGACAGCACAGACAGAGAGAGAUUGUCCUUGACAAAGGAAGAACUGACGAAGAUGAUGCAUCAUGAGGAUCUGAGAAAGACCUCGGUGCUGGUAUUUGCCAACAAGCAGGACAUCAAGGGAUGUAUGUCGGCGGCGGAGAUCUCUCAGCAGCUGUCUCUUACCUCAAUCAAAGACCAUGUAUGGCACAUACAGGGAUGCUGUGCCCUCACUGGGGAAGGGUUGUACCAGGGUUUAGAAUGGAUAACGAACCACUUGAAGAAACGGUGACAGAUGUGAUGAAAUAGACCCAACACACUCUGUAUAGUACAAAAGGCUGCCAGGAAAACAAUCCAAGAACUUAACAACAAUUUCAAGUUAUAAAGUCAAUGGAAACAGUAGAGAAUGUCAACGGCAAGCCAUUCUAAGCCAAAACGGAGGAGCUCGGAAUUGCUUACUUUUCUCAAGGUGCUUUCUUCAAGCGAACGUAACAGUAUGGAUGCGGAACUUGUUCUUGGCAAUGUGGAUGUGUACGACCAGUCUGGUAACAUGGAGUAACAUGGAGUAACAUGGUAUUUAGUAAAGGAUGUGGAUUAUCGUCAGCACGUAAUGUAAAAUUCCAAAUUGUCAGGCAUCAUUACCCAGACUCAGAACUGUGGAUGGGGAGCUGGGAAAUGAGUUGUUGUGUAUUUUGCAUGUACGAAAAUCAAUAAUGUAUAUUUUAUUCAUGUUUCAGGUGAUAUCAUUUUCCAACUGGAAUGUACAUUAUAUCUGGAUUCCUAUGCUAUUGUCUCCCAGCAGUUUGUGUUCCGCUGUUUUGUUGGUAUCUGUGUGAAGAAUAUCACCUGGUUUACACCUUGCUGCCUGUCAUCUGAAUACCGAAUUUAAAUAUUUCAUUUCCUAAUUUUAAUUCCGUUUAUUAAUGUAUCCUCCUUGUGUAGAGAAAGUGCUCAUUAUAAGCCUCCUUGACCUGUGGCUCAAACCUAAAUAUUGUUUGAAUGUCGGCCAAAAAUAUUUCUUAUGAUAGUUUGAUGUGUAUGUUUAUCAAGUUCAUGAGAGAAUAGAAAACUUUAAUUGCUUUCUAAUUGGCAACAAACAAGGGUGUGUAAAAGAAUAUUUUAUGUCAAUUUUUUUGUUUUUGUUUUAGCCAGUUACACAUAGUUCAUUGUGAUUAUUUCUCGUCAUUGGAAAUAUUUGUAAGAUAUUUUUAUGGGUUAUGAAUGUAUGUAUUUUGAGUGCAUUUUCAUCUGUACAUGGUUUUUCAGUUAACAGAAGACUUAAGUUGUAUGAUAGCUGUAAACUGGUCAGUAACCAUCCUCUGUUAUGCAGGGUGCAUUAUCUCCAUUCCUAAAUAAAUACCCUGAGCCCAUUCAAUCCAUAGCUUCAUCUCGGGAGUAAUGUCGCCAUCUACUUCUGUUAUCACUAACCUAAUACGAUAUUGCUUCUUCUCUUGAGCUUGAAAUAAGUUUCCAAAGAAAAUGUUUCCUGUGAACCACAAUUUUCCAUAGGUGUGCUUUCACGAUCAGAUACUUUGAAUGGGAUCAGAAAU